CAAGGAUUACAACGAUUUUGUCUCGACUUUAUUGAUUUGGUGAAGUUUCGGGAUGGAAAAAAGUAGAAAUUUGGUGUCGGUUUUCAAACUAAAAUCCACUGUUUUGUUAAAGCAAAGCUUUAAAAAAAGAAGAUCUCUCUCCAUCUCUCUCUUUCUCUUUCUCUCUCUGUGUUGUCUUCUUACAUGGCGCACACGCACACAGUGCGUGUAUGCGAUACAGUGAAAGUGACCCAAAUAAAGAAAGAAAGAAAGAGUGGUCAGCAGCCUACAGGGUACACUAAAAUGAUGAUGAGGGAAUCUCUUUUUCUCUUUCACUGUUAACUUUACCAGUUUCCUCUUCCCUAUUUCAUCUUUUUUUUCACACACAAACACUUCUGUCUUGUGAUUAUCAUUUUCUUGUAGUGUUUGUGAUGCUUUUGGACCUGUGUGUGAUGAGAUGAUCUAAAAUGUCAGUUCUCUAUAUGGGUUUUUCUUUAACUGAUGACCUUGUAAGUAGUCCCAUUCCCCUCUUCUUUCGAUUUCACACUUUAUGAUUUGUUAUAAAAUGUCAAUUCUUGAUAUGGGUUCUUCGUUCUUAGAUGAUCUUGAGAUGAAAGAAGGGGUGGUGGUUCAAUUGAAAGACGACUCCGGUUUUGAUUUGGAACCGGAGUUUGAGUUUUGGCCGGUUCAACACCCAACCGAACCUUCCCAUGAAGAUAGACCGGUUCAGUGUCCAAUCCCUCACUCUUCCCACCUCAUCAAUGAUGAAAAAAUGCAGGAUGAUCGGUUUUCUGAUCGGAAGAGACCGGAAGUUACAGAACCACCGGCGGCCACCAUUAGAACAGUUCGGAAAAGGCAUCACGACCACACAGAUACCAUCGCACCAUUGCUGCAAACGCCGACUGUGGCUGUUUAUCCUCAUUUGCAUCAGAAGAUGAAUACGACUGUUUUCAAUAAGUUUCAUCAAGUUCACAGGUUUGAAUCUUGAAAUAGGAGAUCAAAAUCUGGAAUUGAUGCUUAAGUUGCAGGUUUUUAUGCAUUCUGAUCAUCAUGAUGUUUUAUGACAAGUUAACUUUUAGGUUUAAGGUGAUGAUAAUAGUGGAUUAGAUGAUGAUGUAGUACUUUGGUGAAACUAUUUACUAUUUAUGUAUGUAUAAUACGAUAUGAGCUACUGUUUCUGUCCA